ACUGCUUUGAGGUGGUAUUCACCGCACGAAGAAGUGAGUCUCGCUGGUGCUGCUGACUGAACCAACCUAUACAGCCUAUGGAACCAUGGGCGGGAGACACACACACAUACACACGCACACAGAAGGUCUUGACAGGCGUGUGGAACCAAGCAGUUCACAGGGAACCACAAUGACGUCCCCCGUCAGUGUGAUCGUGGUGGGAGCUGGAUGUCGAGGGGAGAUCUACUCCAAGUUUGCAUCCAUCCAUCCUGAACGCGUGAAGGUGGUAGGAGUUGCUGAUCCGAGGAAAUUUGCUCGCUCUAAACUUCAGCAGCAACACAAGAUUGUAGAUGAAAACGUAUUUGACGACUGGCACUGUAUAGUUGAAAGAGAGAGGUUUGCAGAUGCGGUGGCAAUUUGUACUCCAGACAGCCUUCAUAAGGAGCCUGCGGUUGCCUUUGCAAAGAAGGGCUACCAUAUCCUGCUGGAGAAACCAAUGGCAACUACUGCAGAAGACUGCGUGGCCAUUGUGGAGGCUUGCACUAAGAGUGGUGUGAUACUGUCGGUGGGUCACGUUCUCCGGUAUGAUCCCACCAUCCACAAGAUAAAGGAGCUGAUAGUCGCUGGAGUCAUAGGUGACGUGAUCCAUAUUCAACACCUUGAGCCGGUUGGGUUCUAUCACUUUGCACACUCCUUUGUUCGAGGGAACUGGAGGAAUGAAGCCGAGAGCUCUUUUGUUCUUUUGGCCAAGUCGUGCCAUGACAUCGACCUGAUACACGACUGGGCUGGAGCACGCAGGUGUUUGAAAGUGUCAUCAUUUGGAUCAGUGAGCCACUUCAGAAAAGAAAACAAGCCUGCGGGUGCUGGAAUGCGCUGCCUGGAUUGUUCAGUAGAAAAAGUCUGUCCAUACUCUGCACGCAAAAUCUACCUGGACAGAGUGAAACAGGGUCAAACUGGCUGGCCUGUAUCAGUCAUAUGUACGAGCUCGUUGCCAGACAUCGAGUCAGUAACCGAGGCACUUAGCACUGGACCAUAUGGCCGCUGUGUCUACGAGUGUGACAACAAUGUCUGUAGUAAUCAGGUUGUGAACAUGGAGUUUGAAGGGGGCCUGACAGCGGUCUUCUCCAUGGUCGCCUUCACUAGGGAAAUAUGCAAGCGCAAAACAACCAUCUAUGGCAGCAAGGGGGAGCUGUCAUACGAUGGCCAUGAUGUCUGCGUGUUUGACUUUCUGACCCAGAGUUCUACCAAGCACACAGUACAGGAUAAUACACCCUUGGAGUUUGGCAUGAGUGGACACGGUGGAGCCGACUACCACCUGAUGGACGCUUUUAUUUCCGCUGUGGCAAACAAUGAUCCAUCCCUGAUCCGAUCGGGUCCUCAGGACACGCUGCUGAGCCACCUGCUGGUGUUUGAAGCUGAGCGUUCUCGUCUGGAGGGCAGGGUGGUGUACAUCGGUGAUAGUAGCCAGAGCUAGAUGAAUGUUCUCAACUUGAAAAUCCAACUCUACUUUCAGACAUGCACUGAACUCCGGAUAGUCUCCUGACAUUCUCCGGAGGGCCGGAUGUGAGAACGCAAAGGUCCGAAGGAGGGGCUCCGGCCAUUCUCCAGAGUUUCUUCUGCCAACCCCUAGUUAAAAUUUCGGAUAACGUCUGAAGGAGCCCAUGUGAACACACAGCAGGAGGAGCUGGAGGAUUCCCCACACUCCAGACGCAUAACUGAAAAGAAUAAAUAAAAUAAAUAUCAGGAAAGCAGUGCCAUAAACCUAGAGGGCACAGACGAAGAUGUCAGGAGAGCUUUUGAUGAUGAGGGGUGACGUUGGUGUUGAUGUGCCGCAAACAAAAAACAUGUGAUCUCCCCCGGGGAAUUAAUAUGUCAAAAUCCUGCCUCCUUCAUACUGCGCCCCCCCCUCAGCUGAAUGCACCUGGGAUUUGUGUGUCCGAGCUGAGACUCUUCUGCUGCGUGUUUCAUGAGUGAAAGACAAACUCCUGAGAAAGUCAUGUCUGAAAACGGCUCAUGAUACCUGGAUGAUUAAAGACACAAACAGACUGACGAAUGAAUGACCAAAUGUGUGUUCUUGUGUUCAUGAUUUUGUUCCAAUUACUCGGGAAUUUACUGCUUUCUGUGUGACUAAUUGAAGGAAACAUUUUUUUUAUUAGAUUAUGUUAGCUACAACGUUUGUUGUUCAGGAUAAUGUUUUCAGUUAGUGAUGUAAUAGUUUACCCUGAUUUCUUUUUAAAAGUUGUAAAUCUGUGUGAUUUAAAUUCAAAAAUAUUUUUGCACUCAAUGUACCUCUGAAUCUCAUCCCACACAUGAUCUGACUUCUACUACAUGUGUCACUUUUUUAUCUCAGAAUAUUCAUGAUUGCUGAAGAAGAAAAAUAAAUAAUGAACAAAACUACUGGUUAUUUGACAGAAAGCACUGUCUAUUUUUUGACUGAAAUAAAUCUUUUUAAUGGAUA